UCAUCGACUUGAUCAGAUCGUCGAUACUGUCCAUUUUCACUGUUUUCAAUGGAUUUUCACAAAUAUCCUCUUACCCAGGGAACAUGGUCGUUGCGUGACUGAAGACUGGUAACUCCGUUGACAUCCGUUGCACAAUAAACCAGCGUAAGAAAUUUCCCCAGAUUCACUUCUUCUACCGAUGGAAACGGCAGUAAAAGAAAUUCUGACAAAUAAAACAAUCAACCCAGUGUUCCAAAGAGCUUUUAAUGUCCGAGGAGGGAUCGAUGCCCGGGCUUACGAAAUAAAACACGAAAUGGCGAUGGGUGAAAAGAAACCAUUUGAUGAGGUUGUAAUACAUUAUGGAGACCCUCACGCAUUUGGACAGUCACCUAUCACCUCUGUAAGACAGUGUUUAGCCUGUCUACUUUGUCCACAAUUUCUUGAUGACCCACAAUUCCCAAAGGAUGUAAAGGAAAAGGCUCGCAGAAUCCUACGAGCAACACCAGGUUUUGCAAUAAGUUCGUACACAGAUACUAUUGGAUUAAGAAUUAUUCGCGAGGAUGUAGCCAAGUAUAUUUCGAAAAGAGAUGGUUACCCAGCUGACGUUGAUGACGUCAUUUUAACCAAUGGAGGGGCAAUAGGAAUCCAGCUAGCCCUAGCUUCGCUUGGUACCGAUGUGCCUAACAACAAACUUAAGCCAGGGCUUAUGAUUCCUAUACCAGUUUUCCCUCAUUACAAGUCCAGGAUAGUAGAAUUCAACCUUUACGAGAUCCCGUAUUAUUUGGAAGAAGAAAAUAACUGGUCUUUGAACAUCAGCGAAAUGAAGAGAGCCAUAGAUGAGGCCAGGCCGCACUGUGAACCAAGAGGACUCGUACUGAUUAAUCCUGGUAAUCCUACAGGUCAGAUACUGACCUACGACAACAUAAGGGAAGUCAUCAAGUUUUGCGCACGAGAGAAUCUGGUUUUAUUUGCGGAUGAAGUGUAUCAGGAAACAGUCUUCACUGAGGAAGCCCCGUUCCACUCGUGCAGAAAGGUUUUGAGGGACCUGGGACCUGAAUACAACAACUUUCAAUUGAUGUCGCUUAACUCCGCUUCCAAAGGAUUUUAUGGCGAGUGUGGUUUGAGGGGAGGGUAUCUUGAGUUGGUCGGAUUUAGCAAAGCAGUCAAAGGGCAGUUUAGAAAUCUGAUGUCACCAAGUAUUAGUGGUUCGACUAUUGGGCAGGCUGCCAUGAGUUUAAUUUGUUGUCCGCCUCAGCCUGGAGACGAGUCGUAUGAAACUUUUAUACAGGAGAAGAUGGCCGUUUUGGACUCCUACAAAAGGAAAGCGAAGAUUACCACUUCAAUGUUGAAUUCGUUGGAAGGAGUGACGUGUAAUGAAGUGACUGGUGCCCUGUAUGCUUUCCCCAGAGUUCGUCUUCCACAAAAAGCUGUCGAGGAAGCCAAGCGUAAUAACCUUAACCCAGACCAGUUCUACUGCUGGCAGAUGUUGGAAACAACUGGAAUAGUUCCCAUUCCUGGAAUUAAUUAUGGACAAAAGGAAGGAACAUACCAUUUUAGAUUAACAAUUCUACCCUCUGAAGAAAAAGUUGUUCCUAUGUACGAAAGGCUCAGCAAGUUUCACAAGGAAUUCAUGAACAAGUACAAGGACGACUAAUUAACAAUUAUUCCACAAGCGCGCGUUGGAUAUGAGAUGAUAGAUAGCCAACGAGGCGCGUAG